AGUACGUCGGUGGGCGGAGUCCGGGGCUGAGGGGGCGCCGGAGCUGCACCUGAAUAGCCUUUAACAGCGGCGUUUUCCCAAGAUGUUGUGCUGUCGAGUUCUGGGACAGGUGAAAAGUUGGGCCUUAUCACAUGCUGGAGUUUGUGUGUCAGAGAGAAUCCAAGGAUUUAUGUGGCAGAGAAUCCAAGGAGUGUCCUGCUCAAUGAGUCACAGAAUUAUUUUGAAAGAAAGGACUGCCUGUAAAAAACAUGUGCUUCAUUCACUGGUUCCAACUGAUAGAGUUGCUAAUUCUUUGCUUUUUCAGAGAAGAACCUUUUUCUCGGCCACUUGCUUGUCUGCUGCAUCCACUUCCACUCCUCAGCCUGGUUGGUAUGAGGGCCUUGCAGAUUCACCGCCCAUCCAACUGAUACAAGACCUAUUGACAAAUGUGCACCAGGUCACAGGGUUACCAUGGUGGGCAACCAUCAUGUUCACUACAGUAGCAUUACGAACAUCUAUAACAAUCCCACUCGCAGUGUACCAGAUGUAUAUUAUUGCCAAGGUUGAAAAUUUACAGCCAGAGAUUGCGAAACUAGCCAAGCAACUGCGUUAUGAGGUGUCUGUGCGUGCAAAGCAGCUUGAGUGGUCUGAAAAAGUUACUCGCUUUCAGUUCAGGAAGAACCUGAGCAGGAUCGUCUCCGAGUUGUACGUUCGUGACAACUGUCAUCCUUUCAAAGCAACUCUGCUCAUCUGGGUCCAACUGCCGCUGUGGAUUUGUAUUUCCAUCGCUCUGCGGAACCUGAGUGUAAUGGCCUCUGAUGCUGCUGCAGCACCUGCUAUUCAGAGUCUGGCUUCGGGUGGAGUGCUGUGGUUUCCUGAUCUUACACUCCCUGAUUCUACCUGGAUCAUGCCCAUCUUUUUAGGACUCAUUAACCUUUUGAUAGUUGAGAUUUUUGCUUUAAGAAAAAUGGAAAAGUCGAAAAUUCAGAAAUACGCAACCUAUAUGAUCCGGAGCAUAUCAGUAAUCAUGGUUCCAAUUGCUGCAACAGUGCCCUCGUCUAUGGCUCUUUAUUGGCUGACCUCCAGCUGGGCUGGUCUUGGACAGAACUUGCUGCUGCGUUCCCCGACUAUUCGCGCUCUCUGCCGGAUACCUAAGAUGAAGUCUGAUUCAGACACUCCUUUCAGAGACUUAUCAGCAGAAUUUAUCACCAAAUAUUUUGUGAAGAAGUGACUUUCUUUGGAUGACACCACAUGUGAUCACUCUGAGAUGCUAUAUAAGUGCAAAUUGUUGUUGUUAUAUGUGGACUGUAUGUGUUUGUGUGUGUAUAUACGUGUAUAUAAUUGGUGGACUGAGUCCGUCUGACAUUUCAUUUAAUGAAUGAUAAAAUUUUAAGGG